UGUUUCGUGGGACGAUGCCCGUUAUCACAGCAGUUUGUUGAAGCCGAUCCUGAUGACUUCUCACUCUUCUUCUAUUCUCGUCUUCCUCGACCUGCCCCAAUUCCUCCACCAAUCCCACCCCGCCGCUUUCCUUCGCUUUCCCGCCCUCUCCCCCCUCGCUUCUUCCAAGAGUUUGAGGCGCGCGGCGGGAAAGCUCCUCUCGAUCGACCCCGUGCUCUCUAUCUCCAGAGCCGCUGCGAGGUCGUCGCCAGCGGAGGGAGGAGCUGAUGGAGGUGCUCUCGUCGACGAGGGGAAAAAGGAAGAGGAGUUAAUCGGGGCGGACAAGUCGGCGUUUCCGCCAGACGGCGCCGGCAAUGGCGGAUCGUUGCUGCGACGGCAGAAGCAGCAGAGGAACGCGGCCUCUGGGGAUUCGGUGUCGCUCGGAAUCAGGGAACCAGUGUAUGAGGUGAUCGAAGUUAAAUCAGAUGGUACAAUGUCUACAAGAAAGAUUAACAGACGACAAUUGUUGAAAUCAAGUGGUCUUCGUCCCCGAGAUAUCAGGAGUGUCGACCCAUCACUGUGGUUGAUGAAUUCAAUGCCAUCUUUGCUGGUGCGAGAUCAAGCUAUAUUACUAAAUUUUGGUUCCUUACGAGCAAUUGUUAUGCAUGAACAUGUUCUUAUAUUCAAUUACAACAGAAAAGGAGGCAGAGCCUUCCUAAAGUCAUUGUUACCUCGCUUAAAUUCUAAAGAUAGCAGUGGUGGACCUGCCAUGCCUUUUGAGCUUGAGGUUGUUGAAGCUGCAUUGCUUUCUCGAAUAAACCGGCUGGAGCAUAAACUAAUGGAUGUUGAACCUCGUGUGGUUGAAUUACUCGAAGUUCUUCCCAAUAGAUUGACAGGUGAUGUGCUGGAGCAGCUUCGUCUCAGUAAACAAACCCUGGUUGAGUUAGGUUCACGAGCAGGAGAACUGAAACAGAUGCUUCUUGAUCUGCUAGAGGAUCCCCAUGAAAUUCGUCGCAUAUGUAUAUUGGGGCGAAAUUGUAGAGUUCAUCGAGGGAGCAGCGAAAUGGAAUGCUCCCUUCCCAUGGACAAACAAAUUGCUGAAGAAGAAGAGGAGGAAAUUGAAAUGCUUUUGGAGAAUUAUCUUCAGAGAUGUGAAUCCUGCCAUGGUCAAGCUGAGAGACUUCUUGAUUCUGCCAAGGAAAUGGAAGACUCUAUUGCUGUGAACUUGAGCUCUCGCCGACUCGAAGUAAGCAGAGUCGAGCUGCUUCUCCAGGUCGGGACAUUCUGUGUUGCAGUGGGUGCUUUAGUAGCAGGAAUAUUCGGAAUGAACCUGAGAUCCUACCUCGAGGAGCACUCGUAUGCGUUUUGGUUGACCACAGCGGGGAUUAUAAUCGGUGCAGUGGCUGCAUUUUUUGUCGUGUACUCUUAUCUGAAGACCAGAAGAGUACUGUAGGAUGAUGCAUUUCUGAUGAACACAUAUGAUUCUUUAGACAUAAUAAUAAGAGAAUGAUUGAUGCGUUUUCAUGA